AAAGGUUUUAAAUUAGUUAAAGAGCAAGAAAAAAAAAAAACCCACACGAAAACUAACUAACAGGUUUUAAUGAAAAUUGGAGUAUUUUUGCGUCAUUACAUAACAGCCAGUGCUCCUCCUUACACACGUCAUUAAAUUCGAACCGGCUGAGUUUCGGAUUUUGGACUUUGAGACGGGUUGGUGUUGAUUCAUCACUGAUCAAAAGGCGACGUCGUCAGUGGUCAUCUGCACUACCGGAGUGGACACUUUGACACCGGGGUCGAGCAUGCGUCCACUCGUUGCUGUGCGGCGUUAGGGGCAGCAGCUGGGGGCGGGAGGGUAUUUGGGUCUGGACUCUCAAAGAGCGACAGCUGAGCGUGCAACCAUGAGGCUGCCCGAGGAAGUAAGCGUGUUGGGCCUCUCGCUUCUGGCUCCUGCAGUUUUGUACACGGUGAACAACGUCCCUGCACUCCACGAGCCUCUGCUCAUCCUCGGAGUUGGAGUCGUCGUCCUGGGAUCGGUUCUUCUUCUUCACUUCCUCCUCACUGUGCGCCAUAAAAAGACGGUGGAUCCUUUAUUUUACGUGUUCGCUGAGUUUUCCUUCACUUGCCUUGUGGGGCUGACUAAUGCACUAGAGCAAGAUGGCUUCAUUUCUGGCUUCAUGGGCUUCUACCUCAAGAUGGGUGAGCCUCAUCUGGGUACGGCGUAUGCCGUGAUGAUGUCAUACUGGGAAGGUGUCGUUCACUUUUUUCUCUUCUUAUUCAUCAUCCACCGCAUGUUCAGAGGGAAGUCCUGCCGCAGCCUGGCACUGCUUUGGGUGGGGUCCUCCAUCGCGCAUCAACUUGUUCACAUCCUUGGAGUGGUUGUAGGUAAACAUGGAUCAAAUAUCCGUCCAGCUUUUUGGAGGAACAUUCCCUGCUUUUUAGCCCCUUUCUGGGCAGCUUUCAUCCUGUUUAACAGGCCCAGACAGAUGGCAAUCAUCACGGCAGACAAGAUCGCAGCCCAGCAAAAGAAAGGCCUACUAUCUCGUCCUCUUGACCUGACACUGGUAGUGUUGCUACUAGCAUGUUUGGCCUUCUCUCUUUUUAGAGGCUUUGUGGUGCUGGACUGUCCUCUAGAUGUGUGCUUCAAAUACAUUUAUCAUUUUGAGCCGUACCUCAAAGAUCCCGUGGGCUUCCCCAGAGUCAUGAUGCUGGUUUAUUUGUUCUACGCUGUGCCCCUGCUGACAGUCCUCAUCUAUGGUUUGAUAAGACCAGGCUGCAGCUGGAUGCUGGACUGGACUCUCUUCCUUGCUGGUAGCGCCGCCCAGGCCCAGUGGUGCCACGUCGGAGCAUCUCUACACUCCCGGACGCCCUUCACGUACAGAGUCCCGACAGACAAAUUGUGGCCCGUGAUCACCGUCAACGUGCUGCUCGCCGCUGUGCCGGCUCUGUUGGCUCUCCGCUGCCACAACAGUCCUGCUUAUUUCAUGAAACCCGUUCCCAAAGGACAGAGCAAUAGCAGCAAGAAGAAAAACUAGACCGCACGGCAACCGAGGGUUCUCCAGGUGCACGUUUUGUCAAGACUAACGCCUCGCGGCAAAUCUUUUUAGCACGCUACUUGCGGUGUGUUCAAGGCCACCCAACCUGGAGGAAAGCUGCAAAUGUGUUUCUGUGAGUGGCCCCGUGUAGCACUCCCUGUCUGGACUGUUGGACCCUGAUAAGAAGGUCUUUAAUAGGGGGAGGGUUGGGGUGUCUUGAGCAGCUAGCACAGCUUUCAGGUGACUCAUCCAAACAUCAGUCUUAAUCGUUGACAAAAAUGAAACGAGAAAAUCAAUUUGCUACUAAAACAAACACAUUUACAGGACAGAAUCAUUUUCAACGAAGCGGAAAGUAUGUAACGAAGAUAAAUGUUCAAGGGACGACCAUGUCACAAACCCCUCCCCCCCCUAAAAAAAUGACCCAGUAUCGCAAAUCUUAAUAUUGAACAAUAAAGGUGAAUAUUAGUCUGAUGUCCUUCAUCUGUCUCUGUCCGCUUUGUAUAUUAAUUGGAAUUCAUUCAAAUUGACACGCUGACGCUGCGUUUGAGUGGAGUUGAUCUUUCACUCGAUGAUGUCACAUCGCCUUACGUGCUGCACACCGCUGGCCCGCAUAACUGAUAACAGGUGAACCCUGGACGGAAGUGCACUGUCUCACUCGACGAUCAAUCACGUGACAUCCUUGUUGGUUCCCGACGGAAGUAAAAAAAAAAAAAUGCUCCCAAAAAAGUAGAGUUGUAGCUAUUUAUCUCUACUCUUAAUGAUUUGAAUUGAUCAUUUAUUCUGUGAUCACAUUCUUAUCUCAAAUCGUCGCUGUCCAUCCAAAUGAAUUGAAAUGACAUUAAUCCUGAUCAAAAACACCCAAAAUGUCUGCAAUGUUUUUGUAACUAGGAACUUUGACUCUAUAAUACUGUACUUGAAAGAAAACAAUAAAAUAGAAUGUAAAGACUAAAACAGUUUUUGCCGUGCUGCUCCUGGGGGCACUAUAAUACAGACCUGAAUAUACAUGCAGAGGCUCACUCCUCAGUAACCCAGAGUGAUAUUAUUCUUCACAGAGGAUAAAAAAAAUAUAUG